GUCUUCUCUCUAGAUCUCUCUCUCUGAUAUCUCUAGAGUCUAGAUUCUGGCUGGCUGGCUCUCUGGCAAAAGGACAGGUAAACUGUUCCAAGUUUUAGUUCUUAUUACUCGCAGAUCAGAAGCUGGAAGCCAACCCUCAUCUCCUUCGUUUACCCAGAUUCCUUUUGCGUAUAAAACUGUAUCCACUAAAGUCUAAAGCCAAACACCCAGAACAAGAAAAGAAAUCUCCAUCUCUACUUUCUCAAAUCAUGCCCUCUGUCUUCUUUUCAGUUUUUUCCUAGUUUUGUGUUGCAACAAAUAUAGGUAUUAGAUGUAGAUCUUCUUCUAGUUGAGUCCGCUCUACUGUUUCUCCUAUCCUUUACAUGAACAACAAUCUCCUUCUUACUGUAACAUAACUCAUCUGCUGGACAAAUCCGCUCCUAGCCUAGCUUCUUCUUCUAAUUACUUCUCUCACUGAGUCACUGAUAUUAAUCGCUACUAGUACACACACAUAUAUAUAUAUGCUUUAAUUUCCCGUGCUUGCUUUGAUGCCGUGUCCGAAACGGAUCUCCCUCCAGUCCCGGUCGAUUCGCCAUCCUGUACGAUGAAUCCCACGUUGUGCAGGUGCCGGAACUGUCAUUCCGAGUUAUCAUCCGCCCUGUGCCGAUUGAAAUUUUCAGAACAUGUUGUCACAACAUCUAAACUGCUUCAGGCCCAUAAAGCCAACGAAAAAUCGACUACUUCCGGCAGUUCUUCGCCGCAGACGUGUAGAAUACGGCAGAAAGUAGUGAGAAUAAUCUUCACCGAUGUCGACGCCACGGACUCCAGCGACGACGAGGAAGAAAAUGAAAUCCUGCGGCGAGUGAAGAGACACGUCCAUGAAAUCGGUAUCGAUGCAACUGCUAAAGUGGGCUAUGAGGUGUCCGUGAAGAAAAGAAAAUUACGGGUACCAGAAGAAGCCGAUGAACAUCGCCAGAAAAGAUUCAGAGGUGUGCACCAGCGCCCAUGGGGACGUUGGGCCGCAGAGAUACGAGAUCCGACACGGGGUAAACGGUUGUGGCUGGGGACGUAUGACACGCCGGAGGAAGCGGCAACCGUUUAUGAUAACGCCGCCAUUAGACUAAGGGGCCCCGACGCCGUUACAAACAUCCCAACCUUCACAAGAGCAGAAACGGUCGUUAAGGGGGGUGAGUUGCUGACGGCCACGGCUACUUGUCCUACAUCAGUGCUCCGUUAUGACGGACAAAACUCAUUGGACAGAUUCGAUAACGGUGACGUUGACGCUUUUGGAUUUGAUAUCGACUUGCCGUUAACAUUGCCCGACAUUAUAUUGCCUAAGACAUAUUUUGAUGAGGAAGAAUUGGGGGAGAUUGACAUUGACAUGGACGAUUUCCCCCUCGAACUCGAAAUAAUCCGAUUAUGACAUUGACGAGGAAGACCAUAUAUUUUGCCUCGAAGUCGACGGCGUCAUUAUCGUCAUUCUUUAGGGUUAAUAUGGUCAACGAAUCGUAAUUAUCGUCGGUGAACGUUUAUACUUGUAUCUCGUGGUUGCUAGCCGAUUUAUAAGGCGAUUUUGUCAGCGUGUUGAAACGAUCUUUUGUGUAUAAUUAAUUAAUUUAUGCAUAUUCAUAAGAGUGAGUGGGAGUAGGGACAGGGGAGAGGGAGAGAGAAAUAGAGGUGGGAGAGUUCGAGUGAUGGAGGAAAUUUGUAGUGUAGUGUGCAUUCCUUGAUUUCCACGCUUAGACGUGGAAAAGCAAUUAAGCAAAGCUCUUGACUUUUAUACUCUAAUAAAUAAGGAAAAAUCUAUCAUUUAUCAUCUA